GAAAAGAAAAGGGUUUUGGUAACUUUGGUUAAACGUUCCUCGAGAUAACAGAGGAAAUAACAAUAACGUGGAAUAUCUUAUCCCCAAACAAACUUAAGCCAUCGUACGACCAACGGAUUUUGUCAGCUUAUAAUUACCAGUUGAUUCUCAGUUUCACUAAACUAAAUCAAAAUCUCCAAUCUCCAUGGCUCGCUUGGUCUCAAAUACCGUCGGCCUCCACAGAUUCCGACCAUCCUUUCAUACAACCCACCAAUCUCCCAACUUCAUUCACAACCAAACCCCAUUUCUCAACAAAAAGACCCGCAGAUUCCGAAGCAUAACUUGCCAAAGCCAAACAAACCCUGACCCAACUGAAACUGAAACUGAAACCUCCUCAGCGGAAAAGUUGGCAGUUGAGCCUGGCACACCCAAUGAAGCUACUACUACGACUUCAACUUCCUUUGGUUUUCCAGAAUUUCCAAACAAAGUUUUAAACAAGCAAAUAGCACUGGUUUCUACUCUCGCAGCUUUGGGGCUUUUCUUAUCUUCACGUCUAGAUUUCGGCGUUUCUUUGAAGGACCUAUCUGCUGUCGCAUUACCUUAUGAACAGGCUCUUUCAAAUGGAAAGCCUACUGUUGUGGAAUUUUACGCUGAUUGGUGCGAAGUGUGUCGGGAAUUAGCUCCUGAUGUCUACAAAGUUGAGCAACAAUACAAGGGCCGUGUGAAUUUUGUUAUGCUGAAUGUUGACAACACAAAAUGGGAACAGGAGCUUGACGAGUUUGGUGUUGAGGGUAUUCCUCACUUUGCAUUUCUAGACAGAAAUGGGAAUGAGGAAGGUAAUGUGGUUGGGAGGCUUCCAAGGCAAUACCUUACUGAGAAUGUGGAUGCGUUAGCCCGUGGGGAAGCGUCCAUACCUCAUGCCCGUGUUUUGGGACAGUAUUCAAGUGCUGAAGCGAGGAAGGUGCAUCAAAUUGUUGAUCCUAGAAGUCAUGGGUAGGUGUUAGCUAGCUUCCCCGGCAGAGGUAACCCAUCAAUUUGUCACUGGUAAUAUACGUACGGGGUACUCUCCAACUUACUGAUGUUACAUACUCAUCUUGUACUUAUUGAGAACAAGUUUCUAAUUUUAUGAAAGAAUUAUUUUUGUGUUGAAUAAGAUAGAAGUAUUUUAUACUGGAGAAUCUUAGAAAUAAAUUCAUCAUUCAUUCA